CCGACGCGGCUCCCACGCGGUCCACUGUGCUCCAGGCUGCGGGCUUCAGACCCCCGGCUCGGACGGACAUGUCGCCCUCUGGUCACCUCCUGUGUGUCCUCAUCACUGUUAUUAGCCUGAUUCUGCCCAGUGGAGGACAGACAUUGGAGGAAACUACACCCAUUUUUGCACUGAACACAACUCCUGGGAACAUUCAUGUGCAAGAUACAACCAGCCUAGAAGUCCAGUCCACCCCUCAAACUCCCACUAGGGCUGUUGAUGAAGCAGCACAAAACCAGACAGAGACCGAAACGGAGACGGAGACCCAGCAUCCCACAGGAACGGACAUGUUUCUGGUGACAGAUCCAGGAACACAUGGGAGCAGUGGAGAAGGUGCCACACCAUUCCCCAGGAUUGAUUCUCCAAGUGCAAACAAAGACUCCUGGCCAGAGGCCCUGACCUUCAUGCCACUCGAUGAUGACAAGGACAACCCCUUUACCUAUGACAAUGAUACUCUGUGGAGACGGGGGCUGCUGGUGGCUGCUGUGUUGUUCAUCACUGGCAUCGUCAUUCUCACCAGUGGCAAGUGUAGAAAGUUGUCUCAAUUAUGCUGUAAUAACCACAGAGCUUACAGUGUGGUCAACACAAGAAGCACCGAGAAGGGAGAGGCAGCUGGAGGGAGCCAGGUGUGAGGCUGAUGGCCUUUCCGCCCUUGCAUGCUCAGAAGGUGCCCGGCUCCUGGGACACUGCCCCCCAUGCCAUCUGCCCUGUCAGAUGAAAAAUAAAACUGGUGGU